AUUUUCGAUAAUUACAUGCAACAGGAUGCGCAUGAAUUUUUGAAUUAUUUGUUAAAUUCAAUAUCGGAAACGUUGGCUGAGGAAAAAAAAGCUGAAAAAACAUAUCGUAUGAACGGUCUGAUGAAAAAAGGCUCCAAUGGCGUUCUUUCAUCAGCAGCAGCACACGAUUCACGCACAUCCUGUCAACCAAGGUAA